UCUACCUCUCUCUCUCUCUCUCUCUCUCUGCUUUUAACCAACCAAAUUAACAGCCAGAAAUGGAGGACCAAUGCAGCCCUCUCAGUUGGGCUUAUUGUCACUUCCAGGAAAAGGAAGAGGGAAUUGAGGAUUUGAGGCGGUCUCUUCUGUACACAACUCUGGAGCUGGAGACAACAAUCAUGGCUGCUCACGAGCAAAUUGCAAGAAAAGGAGAUGAACUCAUUCAUCUCAAAGAUCUCCUGACAAUGGCCGUCAAGGAAAGAGAUGAGGCCCGCCAAAGGUGCCAAAUGCUCAAGCUUGAGAUUUCCCUCCUCCGGCACCAGCUUCAAGCUGCCGGAAAAGAAGAAGACGAACAGAAAGUACUGGAAGAUGAAACCACGGCCGUUAGUGAUCAGCUGGACGGGAAUUUUCCUGGAAAGAAGCCUUUCCCGGAAAAUGGCAAGUUCCUGCAGGCGGUGAUGGAGGCCGGGCCGCUGCUGCAGACGCUGCUGCUGGCCGGACCGCUCCCCCAGUGGCAGCACCCGCCGCCGCAACUCAACUCCACCGACAUCCCGCCGCCGCCACUGGCGGCACCGCCGGUUAUCCGGCGGGAGUACUGUUGUGUCAGCAACAAGAGGACAGCCGCUUAUUCUCCCCCAAAAGGCAAGCACCAAAAGGAUGCUCAGAAACAAUUGUCUGAAAGCGGUAGUCUGGUGAGUCCACUGACCAUUUGACCAAUCCCUAGUGUUCACAAGAUUUUGCUGCCAUUUGCCAUCCUUUCCGUACUGUUAAAACAUGGAAAUUAGUGGUCUAAUUCAGCAUGAGAGGGAUGGCCAUGAUUGAGCUAAUUACUAUCUGUAAAAAGAGUGUCUUAGAAACCAAGCAACCUAAUUAACCUCUCAAGACAAAGAGAGAACAUUCAAAGCCAGCCUUAAUUUAACCUUACUUAUUUUCCUGCCUGAUUGAGACCUUAUUUUGUCUUUCUUUUUCUGUAACCCUAAUCUUAUAUAUAUGUAUAUAUACAUAUGUAUAUGUGUGUAAUGAUAUCUUAAGUUGCAGGCUUGGAUUGUGUUAAAAAAAAAAAAGCACAAUUAUAUCAAAAUGUAUCUUUAUUGGUAGAGUGUGAUUCUGGGGCAUGUUGUCACAGUUUAUGAGAGUUGGUUUGUGGU